GUCUUCCGCACACAGUCAGUCAUCUGGCAAGUCCGCAAGUCUUUGCACUGCACCUUCCACCUGUCCCCCACACGCACCAUGCCACAACCAUUGAGCUCCAAGGAUGCGGCCUUGUUCCGCCAAGUGGUCCGUCAUUAUGAAAACAAGCAACAUAAGAAAGGCAUCAAGACCGCCGAACAAAUCCUGAAGAAGAACCCCAACCAUGGCGAUACCUUGGCGAUGAAGGCUCUGAUCAUGAGCAACAUGGGCCAGUUGGAGGAGGCUUUCGUGCUGGCCAAGGAGGCCCUCAAGAACGACAUGAGGUCGCAUAUCUGCUGGCACGUCUACGGGCUGCUGUACCGUGCGGAGAAGAACUACGAGGAGGCGAUCAAGGCAUACCGCUUUGCCCUAAGGAUCGAGCCCGAGUCGCAGCCCAUCCAGCGGGAUCUGGCGCUCCUCCAGAUGCAGAUGCGGGAUUACCAGGGUUACAUACAGAGCCGGACGACUAUGCUGCAGGCCCGCCCCGGCUUCCGACAGAACUGGACCGCCCUGGCGAUCGCACACCACCUCUCCGGCGAUCUCGAGGAGGCCGAGAAGGUGCUCACGACGUACGAGGAGACGCUGAAGACCCCGCCGCCCACCUCCGACAUGGAGCACUCCGAGGCCGUCCUGUACAAGAACACUAUCAUGGCCGAGGCCGGCAAGCUGGAGCAGGCAUUGGAGCAUCUGGAGAAGUUCGGUCGCAGAUGUGCCGAUGUGCAGGCUGUGCUGGAAAUGAAGGCGGACUACCUCUUGCGCCUGGACCGCAAGGCCGAGGCUGAUGCCGCAUACACUACUCUUCUGGAGCGGAACCCCGAGAACUCGAUCUACUACGAUGCUUUGAUCCGGGCCAAGGGUCUUUCCAAGGACGAUACCAAGGCUUUGAAGGCCUUGUACGAUUCCUGGGUGGAGAAGGCCCCCCGUGGUGACGCUGCUCGCCGGAUCCCUCUGGACUUCCUCGAGGGAGACGACUUCAAGCAGGCUGCUGAUGCCUAUCUGCAGCGCUCGCUCAAGAAGGGCGUUCCUUCGCUUUUUGCCAACAUCAAGGCCCUUUAUACCAACGUGGCUAAGCGGGAUACUGUUCAGGAGCUGGUUGAGGGUUACGUCUCGAGUCCUCAAUCCAACGGUUCUGCUGAGGGUCAGGCCGAUAGCGACAACACCGAAUUUCUUUCUUCUUCCCACUACUUCCUCGCCCAGCACUACAACUACCACCUCAGCCGUGACUUGACCAAGGCGAUGGAACAUGUCGACAAGGCCAUUGAGCUGUCGCCCAAGGCCGUGGAAUACCAGAUGACCAAGGCGCGGAUCUGGAAACACCACGGCAACGUUGAGAAGGCUGCUGAGGAGAUGGAGAAGGCCCGUCUGCUGGACGAGAAGGAUCGCUAUAUCAACUCCAAGGCUGCCAAGUAUCAGCUCCGCAACAACGACAACGAGAAGGGUCUUGACAACAUGAGCAAGUUCACCCGGAACGAGGCUGUUGGAGGCGCUCUGGGCGAUCUGCAUGAUAUGCAGUGUGUGUGGUUCCUGACGGAGGAUGGCGAGGCUUACCUGCGCCAGAAGAAGCUCGGCCUUGCUCUCAAGCGCUUCCACGCCGUCUACAACAUCUUCGACACCUGGCAAGAAGAUCAGUUCGACUUCCACAGCUUCUCGCUGCGGAAGGGCAUGAUCCGCGCGUACGUGGACAUGGUCCGGUGGGAGGACCGCCUGCGCGAACACCCCUUCUACACCCGUGUGGCUUUCUCGGCCAUCAAGUCAUACCUGCUCCUGCACGACCAGCCGGAUCUGGCCCACGGACCUAUGGCUACCAACGGUGUCGGAGAGGACGAGAACGAGCGCAAGAAGGCCCUCAAGAAGGCCAAGAAGGAGCAGCAGCGCCUCGAGAAGCUGGAAGCCGAGAAGCGUGAGGCAAGAAAGGCGGCCAGCACCGGCAAGAGCACCGACGGAGACGUGAAGAAGGAGGACCCUGAUCCGCUUGGCACCAAGCUGGUCGCGACUCAGGACCCGCUCAAGGAGGCGAUGAAGUUCUUGACUCCCUUGUUGGAGCUCAGUCCCAGGAGCAUCGAGGCUCAGACUCUUGGAUUCGAGGUUUAUCUCAGAAGAGGUAAAUACGCGCUCGCCCUCAAGUGCCUGACUGCCGCCCACUCGAUCGACGCCGCCAACCCCACCCUCCACGUUCAAAUCCUCCGAUUCCGCAAAGCUCUGGACAACCUAUCCGAGCCCCUUGCUGCUGAGGUGGCCGAGGCCGUCAACGCCGAAUUCGAGGUCUUGCUCCCGAAAUCGACGAACCUGGACGAGUGGAACGAGUCCUUCAUUUCCACCCACAAGGACAGUGUCCCUCAAGUCCAGGCCGGUCUCACCAGCCGGCAGCUCCUGAAGCCCGACACCAAGUCGCAAUGUGAACAAGAGCUUACCGCGACCCUUGAUUCGAACGACAUCACCAUCGAUACCGCCCUCACUGGCCUGGAGUUGCUGACCGCAUGGGGCAGUGACCAGGCUGCCAAGACCGCCUACGCUCAGAAGGCCAGCAGCAAGUGGCCCGAGUCAUCGGUGUUCCGUCUGGAGUAAGUGUGAAGUGAAUUGAAAAAUCGAAAAUGCUUUGAGUUUGGAUGGGUAGAACUCUGUAACACGAUACCCGGCUCAACAGCCAGGGCUUGUUGUGUGUCAUCUCUUAAGAACUGGAUAUCUACCUCCUUUUUGUUUCUGGUGAUUAGCCUGGGUAUAGCUAUUGCAGUCGCGUGUUUGAAGUAUACCUUGUAUGCAUGGGUAUGGGAACCGUAGAACAAUGAGGGGGGAGGGGCAAUUGUAGCUAGACGUUAUAAAAGAG